AUGGGCGCACAUACAGUCAUCAGCGCGGCGAUAAACUCCAAUCGUCAGCAGCAGCAGCAACAAGCCGCCUCACAGCACUCUGCCCGGCCAGACCAGUGGUCCCCCUCCAUCCCACACCUCAGGCAGAUCGAGGAGGAGCAACGCCUACACGACCUCCAGGACCAGCGGCAGCGACAGACAAGCUACGGUGUGACUAGCAGCUCCAGCAGUGCAAGUGCCUUGGUUUCUCCGCCAUUGCACACUGCGAAAGAGUCGCAGGCUGUACCGGAUUGGCGGGACGAGGAGGAUGAGGAUGAGCUGGAACCGUAUGAGGUAGAGGAGGUGUAUGAGCCUAUCAUUGACGUGACCUGGAGAUAUAUGAGCAGAAUGUACCUCCUCGUACCAGUCUUUACGAUGUUGGUCUUCAUCGGUCUUGUCCUGCUCGUCACAUACGCUUGGCCACCAAGUCGUCGUGAACGAGAAGGCGGACAGUCAUACCCCCAUGCGAUCCUCCCGUGGCCGUUCCUCACCGGUCUCUUCGCAUCAGUGACGGUCCAAGCUCUCCGAGUUCCGGUAUGGGUCGUGGUGUCUUGGCUCCCUCUGUCCCCCAGACUUGUGACGCUCGCAUCCACCAUCAUACAUACUAUCCUGCACGAGCUCCUCCGCCUCGCUACGCUCCCCAUGAUCCGCCCCUCCCCUACUUCAGGCUUCCACUCGUCCUACUACCUCGGCCUCGGCUGGUCUGCGGCCGAAGCAGCAUGGGGCAUCGUGCAGGGGUGGGACCAGCUGGCGCUCUAUGAGGACGUCAUGCGGCCCGAGGAGGGGAAGGUUAUCGGUUUGGGAUUAGAGGAGGAUGGUAGGGAGGGAAUGGAGGAGGUCAUGUCGGAGGGUUCGGAGGGGGAGAUGGAUGAGGCGGAAUUGGAGAGGAGGGUGGAGAUACUCGAGAGAAUGAGAGCUAGGAGAGAUCUCGAACAGGUCAUCGGACAGCCCUUUCCAAACAUUCCUUUCCCCUUCCACCUCCUCUGGCGACUCGACACCCUGCUCCUCAACCUCGGCCUCACCCUCAUCCUCUCGGCGUACUACUUCAACUCGUACCCCAUCUAUCGCCACACCCCCUUCCCCAUGCCCGGAGACAAGGCUGGGCUCAUCGACGCUCUCUCCCGGCCACCGCGGCCGGCGCACCAGCAAAGCGAGUAUCUCUGGGUGGUCUGGGGUCUGGUGGUUCUGCUGCAUGUGGCGGUCAGCUUGGUUUGGAAAGUCGUGGGGAGGGUGGGGAUCGGGGCUGUUACUUGGGGCGGACUGAUUGUAUCGUUAGGAAGCGUUUUUGCCGGUCUUGGAGGCUGGGGCGGGCUUGUAUGA